AUGCGGAGCCCUAGGUUUGCCCAGGCGGGGAUACUUAGAGCAUAUCUGGCCUACCACAUUUGGUUGGAUCGGAAUGCACGUUUGUUUGAGGGCAGGAGGUUCCCGACGAGGAUGGUGGUGGACAGAGCUGUGCUUCAGGCUGGGGAGGUUUCUUCCGGUCUCGACUUGUGUUCUCUUGGGACGGCCAGGGACAUCUGGGGUACUCAUUGUGCUGUCUUAGUGCCCAGGUUUGUGUUUGCUUCUUGGGUGCCCCCACCCCUUGGUUAUCUCAAGGUGAGUUUUGAUGGUAGUGUAGCAUUAGAGGGGAGGUCCGGCGGGGUUGGAUUCGUCAUCAGAGAUCAUCUUGGACGCCUGGUUGUGGCGGGUGGCCGAUGUACGCCUGGGCUCACAGUAGUGGGAGCUGAGCUACGGGCAGCUUGGGAGGGCGUAUCCUACGCGAGGCGGGUGCUUGGUGCUAGGCGGGUGCACCUCGAGGGGGAUUCCUCUAUAGUGAUCGAUUGGAUUCAGGGUGCGGAUAGAUAUGGUGAUGGACAUCCUCUCAUUCGUGAGACCCGCAGGAUGGCUUUGGAGAUGGACGAUUUUGAGGCAGUACAUGUUUUCCGGGAGACGAACAGUGUAGCAGACUGGGUCGCCUCUUACGUUGCACGGCAUUCAGGGGAGAUCUGUUGGACUUCCACGGAAACAAAAAAAUAUGGAAUAGAGAUAGUUAUUUCACAACUUUAUGUUUAUCUUCAUCUUGGAAAUUUUGAGAUAACUGUAGAUUGA